GAGAGAGAGGGCACCCACCCAGUUUCCGUCCUUCCAUUCAUUCUUUUCUCUUGGGGGGAAAAAAGUACGCAUCUUUUUCGUCGAUCCAGAACAAUAGAUACUCCGAUCUGAGGUUUUUAUCUUUGUUUUGGCACCGAACCUUUCCAAUUCUCGGAUCCAACUCCGCAAUCAGCCCCUACGUGAUUCGAUUAUUGUAUGUUUUCCGAUGAUUGAUAUCGGGUAGAGGUUUCGAGAUCGAUCUGGCAUUGAGUUCGAUACGGAUGGAAAAUAGGAAUGGCAAUUGUAAUUACCACAAUUAUACGGUGUAUGGUAACCAAGGCAAUAGAGAUACAGAUGGAGAGUCUCUGCCGAUCUCUUCGCCUCCAUCUGUGCUCAAGUCCGAUGCUGCUGUUGGUUACAUCGAACACCCCGUAUCCAAGCUGGAUACUCUCGCCGGCAUCGCCAUCAAGUACGGCGUCGAGGUGGCCGACAUAAAAAAGAUGAAUGGCUUGGUUACAGAUCUCCAAAUGUUUGCUCUCAAGUAUCUCCAGAUUCCACUGCCUGGAAGGCAUCCUCCAUCUCCUUGUUUAUCAAACGGUUCCAUCACUCCCGGACAGAGCAGUUGUGAACACACCCCACCCCGGCGGAGGCACCAUGAAUUUUUUGAAUCAUUUCAGUCCCUGAGAGUUGAGUCCCCCCAUAGGAAGGUCUCUCCAGCCAUGAACUCUUUACAAGGUUACUAUGGACUCAAACCAAGAGAUCAGAAGACUACACCUGAAGGUUUUGAAAUGGCAGUCUACAAAAGAGGAACCUCUCAUUAUUUAGAAGAUGGGCCUUUUCCCAGCAUUUCACCACUUUCCAACCCACCUUUGAGCCAUCACAGAAAAUCUAAAAGCUUGUUGGAUGGGAAUGGUGAACUAGCACACACCCUGCCUGCCACAGAAGCUUGGGACGAUGAUUCUGACAAAUGGAGUGAGAAAGUUCUCAGAAGGCGUCAGAAGUCUGAAACUGACUUUACUUCUCACACGCCAGAAAUGUUGAUGGAGAAUAACAGCAACAAUGGUGGGUUUUUGGCAAUAACUGGAAAGGGGGGCUUAGCCUUGAGACCCAAAGCAGCAAGCCGAACUACCUCAACAAGUGAUGCUGAAAUGGGUGGGUUGAACUCCAUACCAAUUGGUUUGGGAGAUGCUGUUGUUGCUGAUGGCUCUUCUGGGGUGAGGAAGUCAUCAAGCACAUCAAGUUUGCAGGAUCAGGACAGCAGCAGUAGUUCUUCAUCCAUUUGGACUACUGCAAGGUGGAGUUUGAAACCAGAUUUGCAGGCUCUUUCAACUGCAGCCAUUGCAAGACCAAUUUUUGAUGGCUUGCCUAAGCCUACGUCGGGGCGUAGAAACAAAGCCGCACUUGACUAAGUUCACGUCGAUAUAAAUUUUUUUCAGGGCCAUUCGUUGCCAGGCUCGUAAUAUGUGAGAGUUCUUUAGUCAAAUGUUGCAUCGAUCGUCUCCCGGGGAGAUUUUACAUUGUAAUUAAAGGAAACUGACAUGAACAGCAAAGAAUGGAGGAUCAAAGAAGCAGCUAAUGUGCGUGUGUAUGGUUCAGAUGCGUUCCUGCCACAUCGUUUAUGUAUUAAAUUUUUUUGUAACGAGAGAAUUGUAUGCAUUUUUUUACGGUUCCUUUUAGAGAAUGUAUAUUAGAUUUUUUUGGUCUCCUCCCGACUGUUAGAAAAAUUGUUCAUAAUAUUAUUUAUGUCUUGAUCUUUUGUAUAUUCAGAUCGGAACUUGGAGAUUGGGCUCAAUUAUCAUUUAAUGUAUUGCUGCUACA